AUGGAGAAAUCCAGGAGCAGCUCAAAAUCUCUGAGGAUACAUGAAAUCCGACAACUACCUUUGCGUCAAAUGCACGCAACUGGGCAACUGCUUGCUCCCCCAUCUGCCCGACCUCACUUUCAGGACAGAGGUCAUGAGGGUCUGGGUCCAGUUGGGCGUACUUGGCAUCAAAGAAGAAGGUUAAAAGAAUUCCAAAUCGCGUACCUAGCAGGAAAAUUCUUCCAUCUGUGGGCAAAAAAGACAUUUGGACAAGUUCUCCCUUCCAAAGCCAGAUGCUUUUAUGACCAGAAGAUUCUUCAAAAAACUUUUGGGGAGUGGAGGGAGAGGGGGACUGUUUGCCGGGAAAGGAAGCUCAGCCUCAGAGCGGACAGCCAUUACAGGCAUUUACUCCAGAGUUCGAUAUUCAAGGCUUGGAGAGCCUAUGUAUGCCAGCAACAAGGAAAGAGGAACAAACACUGUGUUGCAGAGUCUCAUGCAGAGGAGCAAAAUCUACUCAGGUCCUGGCAGCGCUGGCUGGUUUGCAUUGAUGUUCAAAGGACGAAGCAUGGGAUGCAGGCUGUGGCACUGGCAUUCAGGGAAAGAAGCCGUUUACGCACAUCGUGGGCAGUGUGGAGAAGACGACACUACCAGAAGUGUGCUGGACGUAAAAGGAAUGUGUUGGCUCUGCAGCAUUGGGCCCAGAGCCUGCAAUUUCGAGCUUGGUUGCAGUGGCGAGAGCUGUAUUUACACAGCCAGAAUGACAAGCAGAAGGAGGCUAGGGCAGUAACUCACCGUCAGCAGUGGGAAUUGAAGAGGUGCAUGGAAGCAUGGCUGGGACACUUAAACCUCCACAGAGCAAAGAAACAUCGGAAUGAACUGGCCCAAGAGCAUCACCGAAGCAGGAUAGUCCGGCAGUGUUUCUCUGAUUGGCGGCUGUCAUGGGAGCGCAGGAGAAGAAUGCACGCUCACCAGAAGGACUUUGAAAAACUAGCAGCAAGGAUUGCCUUAUGGAGAGCCUUUGCACACUGGAAGCAUUAUAUCGUACUGUGUGCGGAAGAGGCGCGACAGCGUGAGCUGGCUGAAGACCACUACAGGCAUCGUCUGGUGAAACUUGGGUUUAAGGGUCUUUGGCAGAAUGUCAUGAACACUCGUCGUCAGCAGAUGAGAAAAAAUCUGUCAUACCAUCAGCAUCACGUUACAGUGCUGCAGAAGUUCUGGAACCGUUGGAAGUCCCGUUUGGAAGAGAAAGAGGAAGAACAGCAGCAGGCCUUAACAUCAGUGGCUCAUGCCCGUUAUCGGAGGGUGUUGGCGAGACGGGUCUUCGACACGUGGCUGCUGAAGGCGUGCAAGCAGCGAGAAUGCCGAAUGGGAGAGAAGAGGGCUGUGCUUCAUUUUGAAAGGCAGCUACUGCGUUAUUUCUGGUGCUUCUGGCGUAGGAGAACAGCUGCAUGCUUGGAGGAGCAAGAGGGCUUGGUUCGUGCCAGAGGUCACUACAGUAACCUGCUGCUGCUGAAGGCUUUCUGUCUGUGGAAGCAAAAUACUCAGGAGAGAAAAACAGAGCGGCUCAAGGAGAUGCAAGCCUUAACAUUGCACUAUUCAAAGCGUCUGCAGCAGUCUUGGAGCAAGUGGAGGGAGUAUGUGGGACACCAGCGCGAGAAAUGGAGGAAGUUGGUGCAAGCAGACAUGCACUAUCAGCACGUGCUACUUGGCAGGACCGUGGCAGCCUGGAAGAGUUACCAACAUAACAUAGAGGGCAUUCUCUACAAAGUAGCUGAAAAGGAGGAACAGCACACUAGACUGCUGCUGCGACAGCUGCUGUGUACAUGGAGAGAAAACACCCUCGCUCGUGUACGUGAGGCAACUGCUCGGGCAGAUGAGCACUACAGGAGAGCAAUCCUGUCAAAGGUGUUGCUGCAGUGGAGAUACACCACCUCCCUACGAGUGUUCUACUCUCAGCAGAAGGUGACAGCUGUGGUGGAGGCCAGAAAACAUUUGGAUAUAGUGCGUUUACAGACCCUGUUCUGUCACUGGAAGGAAUUAACUAGGGAGUCUCUGAUGCUGGCAGCUCAGCAGCGCAGGGCAGUACAGCACCACCAGCAGCACCUACUCCACAAGUACCUGGAGAAAUGGAAGGAAUACCAUCAGCGGUGCCUUGGGAAGAUGCAACUGCAGAGGCAGGGAGAUCAGCUAAUGACCCACAGACUUUGCUCCACUUCCUUCUCUUGCUGGAAGACACGGCUGUUGCAGCAGCGCUGGGAAAAGCGGAAGAGAGUGCAGGCACUGUGGCACUGGUCCCUUUCACUGCAGAGGAAGGUGUUCGAUGCUUGGCUCAGGUUUGCCAAGGAGCAACAGCAGAGGAGAGAGGACACUGAAAAAGCCCCAGGAGUGUACCCCGCUACUCCCCUGAGAGAAGGUGUAACCGGGGUCUGCACCGCUGGCAUGAAACCGUUGCAGGGACAGCUCCAAGCCCAGCGCCAGCUGAAGGCAGCCUACAGCCUUCACCAGUUAGUGUAUCGUUGUGCCAUGCGGUGGAAACAGAAGGCUCUCUCCAAGACAUUAAAUAAGCCUUGUUCUUUUCUGCCACCUCUGAAGAAGCAAGUGACGUUUAAAAUGCCUGACAUUGGCCCUGAGACAAGAGGACGUUCAGCAGAGGAAGAGCCGUGGCUUUCAAAAUGCAGUCACCUGCCAUUUCACCUUGAUGGGGACUCCGUUCUCAGCGAUCUAAAUGCUAUUCCACAAGCAAGGUUACCGCCACAGAGACCCGACUUCCUUCAGGAAUCUCUAGAAAGCAAGGAACUGCUGGGACCUCCUUUCACUAGGUCAGAGGCACCCUUUCAGCAGACAUCUGGGAACAGAGGUUCUGGGCCGACUGGGAACUCACUCGUGGAAGAAAGUACCCGUCGGUGUCCGUCUGGAAUGGGCGGUGCCACUCAUUCCUGUCCGUCUCUCGCCUGUGCUGCUCUCCCGCCUGCGCCACGGUGGACACAUGAUGCGCACCGUGCCGUCUGGAGGCCGGCGCCAGGGUCAUCCUCACCUUUCGCACCCCAAAUGAAAGCUGGCACGGAAACGAGAGGAGGCCAGCCCGGGAGCAGUCACAAAGGAGCCCGUUUCCAGGACUCUCUGGAAAAGCUGCGACCAGACUUGCAGCCGCAUUUGCUGUCACCUGAAGACUUGGUGGGAAAACGGAGUCACCAAACUGCUGCUGUAGGGGAGGAAAGGGAGCACCGUUCUGGAGAAGAAGCGGUGUUAGGGAGAAAGCUGGAGGUGGAGCUCCGACACAUCCAAGAGCAGAUGCAGUACUACUUC